AUGGAGACUGAGGAGCCCCAACAUGGAGCCUCUCCUUCCAUCCCUGCUGGUGCGGAAUUCAGCAUUGUCCCUGGAGCUCUCAUGAGGAGCAGCCAGAGCCCUGACUUGGGGCCUGAGGCUCAAGACAGUGAGGACCCAUCCUGCAAGUGGAGAGAAGAACACAGCCUGCUGGCGACACAGCAGAGAGAGUUCAGAGAUGCGUGUGACUCAGAUGAGAGUAUGCCUCCUUUCCCCAAGGAAGGUUUUGCAGCUGUGGACACCAACCAGGAAAGCCUUGUGACUGAGGCCUGUGACACUCCAGAGAUCCAAGAAACAGUGCCCCAGAGCCUGGCAGACAGACAAGCAAGGACAAUAGCCCCCCCAGAGCUCUGGGCCUGCCUUGUACAGGGUGAAUGUCUAGACGUGGUCCCAGGAUCUAGCAAACUGGGCGACACAGUGGAGGUAGAAUUUCGACCAGAGCUCACUUCUUCAACAUUGGGAUCUACACAGGCAGAAGAGAAGGAAGAAACUUCUCAGAACAGAUUUUGGUUUGAGGACUUUGAAAGUGGGACUGCCAGGCAGGGGAAAAGACUGCAGUCUACAGAAGCACAGGAAAGUCAAGAGCAAGAAAGGCUCUUGCAUUCCCAGGAGGCCCCAGGGCUGGAGGAGCAGGUGCAGCAGGAAGUGGAAUUUCAGGGGGAAGGGACUUCAGGGGAAGAUAUUUGUGCUGGCGGGCUUUGUGGGGAGCAGGAACAGAGAGUAGAGCAAGUUAAUGGUGAAGAGGGAGAAAAAGAGCAAAAACACGAACAAGGACAAUAUGAUAUAAAACUUAGGAGGGAAGGAGAAAGAGAGAGGUUCAGUGGAGACUUAGAGCAUCUGAAUGAUGGUGAGUGGGGUCAAGAGGACAUGCAGAGGAAGGUGCUGGGUCAGGAAGGCCCAGGACAGGGGGAACAGAAGAGGAGGGAAUUGAGGGGGCUGGAAGAAAGUGGGGUGGACUCUCCAUACGAGGAGAGUCAAAGCUUGGUGGGGACAUCAGAGGAAGUAACUAGAAAGCAAGACGAUCAAGGUCUAAAGGAGAAAGGGAUGCCAGUGAAGGGACAGGAGGAGGAGGCAGGGUUAAGUGAGCAGGAGCGGGGGUGUUGGGAUGGGGACUGGCUGGGGCGAUUGGGAGGAGGAGAGAGGAGUACGGAAGAGGAGAAAGGGCAUCAUGGGCCUUCUUCGCUGAUUCUGGUAGCCUCUGGGAUCUCUUCUUCCUGUGACCUGUUUCCAGAUGCCUCGUAUACCGUGACUUGGACUCCUGGGAUUCAGACAGAACUCAGAGUUGAAGAACUGUCCCCCAUAGCUCUAACUCCCUCACUGGAGCCCAAAGGAUGUUCCCAUCAGCCCAUUUCUCCACCUGGCUCCUUUUCUACUGGGGAGUCACAUGACAAUGAAAUAGCUCAAGAUGGCUUGCGAGACACAUCAAGACUGAGGAAGGGGACAAUGUUCAGCCAAGGGACUGAGGGGGUCUCUGCCGAUACAAUUGUUACUCCUCUAAGGACAUUGGAUUCAGUUCCUUCCAGUCCUGCUGAAGUCUCCCCCGUCACACCUGCCUCCUCAUCUGUCAACCCCCAAGUUGCCUUUCCCAGGAGGAAAACCUCUCUUGCUGCAUGUCCUCCAGAAACGUCCAGAGCCUCUCUUCCAAUGGACAACCCACCCUGGGUGGCUUCCGAGACACUCCCAGCUUCCUUCCACAGCUUCCCCUCUGCAGAGGCCACCUUGGACCCACAUGCCAGCUCGGUUCACAGCCCCCCAGGCAACUGUGCAGGUGCUGUACAACACCUACGGAGCAAUUCCUUCCCAGGCUCUCACAGGAUGGAGCAGACUGCAGACCUGGUGGGAAUGUCACUUUCCUUCUCCCAUUCAGAGCUGCCCCAGAGACCUCCCAAACCUGCCAUCGAUGGCUCUGUGAUCCCAAGAAGGGACCAGAGGAGCAGGAGGGACUGCAGCAUCAUUUCGGAAUCCCCUACUCUGAAGCAGGACUCUCAAGAAUUUACCUCAGAUACUGAGCAGCCCAGAAGUCCUCACAGCAGCCAACCGUGGGACUCCCCACAUCAUUUGGCCAUUGCCACAGGCUAUCCUGCCUAUGAUUCUUCCCCAGCCCAUGUCUCCAUGGAUGUGAGGAUCCAUGAACCUCUGCCCCCUCCACCCCCAGAGAAGAGGCAUAUCUACCCCUCCACAGUGGAGAGAGAUGGUCAUCUUCAUGCAGCGGUCCCCACACAGAAGAGGCAUAGCCAUUCUCCUCCAUUAGCCCUAAGCUCAGGGCUACACAGCCCCCCUAAAGGUCCACUGCCCCAAGUUCCUGACCCCCUGGUGGCGAGGCAGCACCGACCUCUGCCAUCUACUCCGGACAGCUCCCACCAUACACAGACCCUGUUCUCCCCCAGACUGAGAUACAGCAGGCCAUUACCCCCAACUCCUGAUUUGCCCCAGCCCCAUCAUUCUCCCUUUUCUUCUUCCAGUAUCUCAAGGAUCUACAGGCCUCUACCCCCUGUGCCCUCCAUGGAUCCUUCUACUGAUCCUCCCCCAUUACCCCCAAAGUCCAGGGAGAGGAGCAGGAGCACUCAGGGAGGACUCACAUAUUCAGGGGGUCAAACCAAACCAAGACCUGUUUGUCAAGACUGGACAGCCCCCAUGGCCCCCUCUGCUGGACGUACCUCCUGGCCCCCGGCCACAGGCAGAGCAACCGAGUCUUUGGCUUCUACCAGUAGGAGCAAGAGUGAAGCAUCUCCCGGCAUGGCUUUCAGUAAUAUGACAAACCUUCUAAGUCCCUCUCCCCCUACCACUCCAUGGACUCUAGAGCUCCAGGGACCUACCCCUAAGGAUAAAUCAGCACUGUCAGAAGAGUCUGAGGUCCCUGCAAGAGAAUUUUUGAGAAGAAAAGCCCCUCAGGAAGGAUCCAGUGGCCCAAGAAGAUCAGCUCUAGGCCUAACAAGACAGCCAGAAAAACCCAGCCACCCACACCUGGAGAAGGCGUCCAGUUGGCCCCAUAGGCGAGACCCAGGGAGAUUGCCGGCAGUCGGUGGUGGACAGGCUGUGGUCUCUGGCGAGGUACCCAGCAAGCACAAGGGUUGGAACCGGCAAGGCCUGCGCAGACCUUCCAUCUUGCCUGAGGGCUCUUCAGAUUCAAGAGGUCCAGCCAUGGAAAGAUCUCCGAGCACUUCAGACACCAUUGUUUUCCGGGAGAAAAAGUCAAAGGAGGUGACGGGAGGCUUUUCAAGACGCUGUUCCAAGCUCAUCAACUCCUCCCAGCUGCUUUACCAGGAGUACAGCGAUGUCUUCCUCAACAAGGAGAUUCAGAGCCAGCAACGGCUGGAUAACUUGACAGAGGCACCUGGGCCCAUGUCCCCCCAGCAGCCUCGAAAAGCCCUGGUGUCCUCUGAGUCCUACCUGCAUCGCCUCUCCAUGGCCUCCAGUAGCUCUCUCUGGCAGGAGAUCCCGGUGGUACGCAACAGCACUGUGCUGCUCUCCAUGACCCACGAAGACCAAAAACUACAAGAGGCCAAAUUUGAGCUGAUCGUGUCUGAGGCUUCUUAUCUGCGCAGUCUACACAUAGCUGUGGACCAUUUCCAACUUUCAACCCAACUCCGGGCCACCCUUUCCAACCAGGAGCAUCAGUGGCUCUUCUCUCGUUUACAGGAUGUGCGAGAUGUUAGCACCACGUUCCUUUCAGACCUGGAAGAGAACUUUGAGAACAACAUCUUCUCUUUCCAAGUAUGUGAUGUAGUCCUGAACCAUGCCCCAGACUUCCGCCGGGUCUACCUGCCAUAUGUCACCAACCAGACCUAUCAGGAACGCACCUUCCAAAGCCUGCUGAAUAGCAACAGCAGUUUCCGAGAAGUCUUGGACAAGCUGGAGAGCGACCCCAUCUGCCAGCGCCUUUCCCUCAAGUCUUUUCUGAUUCUGCCCUUCCAGCGCAUCACGCGUCUCAAACUGUUGCUCCAGAACAUUCUGAAGAGAACACAGCCUGGCUCCUCAGAGGAAGCAGAGGCUACAAAGGCGCACCACGCCCUGGAGGAGCUGAUCCGAGACUGCAAUAACAACGUCCAGAGAAUGCGACGGACGGAAGAGCUGAUCUACCUGAGCCAGAAGAUUGAGUUUGAGUGCAAGAUAUUCCCACUCAUUUCGCAGUCACGGUGGCUGGUAAAGAGCGGUGAGCUGACAGCCCUGGAGUUGAGUUCCCCGCCCGGGGUCCGAAGGAAGCUGAGCACACGCCCUAUCCACCUGCACCUCUUCAAUGACUGUCUGCUGCUGUCUCGACCCCGAGAGGGUAGCCGAUUCCUGGUAUUUGAUCACGCUCCCUUCUCUUCCAUCCGGGGGGAAAAGUGCGAAAUGAAGCUGCACGGACCACACAAAAACCUCUUCCGACUCUUCCUGCAGCACAACACACGGGGCACCCAGAGCGAGUUCCUCUUCCGCACGGAGACUCAAAGUGAAAAGCUUCGAUGGAUCUCAGCCUUGACCAUGCCAAGAGAGGAGUUGGACCUUCUAGAGUGUUAUGACUCUCCACAAGUACAGUGCCUUCGAGCCUACAAACCCCGAGAGAAUGACGAGCUGGCACUAGAAAAGGCCGAUGUGGUGAUGGUGAUUCAGCAAAGCAGUGAUGGCUGGCUGGAGGGUGUGAGGCUCUCUGAUGGAGAACAAGGCUGGUUUCCUGUACAGCAAGUGAAGUUCAUUUCCAACCCAGAGGCCCGUGCACGGAACCUGAAGGAAGCCCAUCGAGUCAAGACUGCCAAACUACAGCUGGUGGAACAGCAUGCCUAGCUUUUCUCUGAGUAGUUUUCUGAGCUUAAGAACAAGCUGUUCUUGGAAAGGGCUUGCCCCAGAACCCUGCUAGAAGUCUUGUGUAGACCAAGAAUAAGGCCUUCUGAAUGCCCAGGGACAAAAUCCAGCUAACCCAGUCACUUGUCCCAGGCCUCCUUUUGUGCUUUGUGCUUGGUGGGGGGAUUUUGAGGGACUUCGCACUGGACUCUGGGAACCUUUUUUCAUGGGAAAAAGGACCUGCUGGGGCCUGCACCAAGGAGCUUUCCUUCUACUAACUACCAUAUGGUACUCAAACAUUCUCUGCUUCCAGAGUGCAGAUUCAGAGCUGGCCGAAGUUUCCGUCGUGGCCAUAUGAUAAAAGGAAUCUGACCUCAGUCCACUGGAGGGGGAUGUUUAAGAGGGACUAACGUACCAGAUGGGAGGGUCAACAUGGUGACCUUUAAGGUAUCUGUUAGUCCUUGAAAUUCUCCUUAAUUAUUGGUGUGAGGUUGGUGCAUGCGUCUCUGAGAUCUUUGUCUGUUGGUGGCAAUGUGAGGGUAAUACUCUCUCACUCUAAUAAACGUGGCACUUCUACAA